AUGGAUGUGCCGCGACUGCUGCGAAAGUUGGAAGAAAGCGGGCUGCCGAUGGGAGUGUUCGCCGGUGUGCCACCGCAAUUGAAGCAACUAUGGAUCAAGCAAACGAAGACAAUCGUUCAAAUGGAGCACAAAGUGCCGGCCAAUCAUCCGUGCCAGAAAGACGCCGAGUUCAAGAAGAACAUCAAAGUAUGCAAGGAGUUGCUCCGAGAAUUGGAUGUCGCCGAAGAAGAUUGGUACGUGGAAGAACACAAACCGAAAAUUGAUCAACCAACACCUGAAAGAAACAUCGAGCUGGCUGGCGCGCAGAUGGAGGAGCUACACAUUGCCCAAGAGAUGAGACAACCAAUAAAUGCAGCCAGUGAAAUGACGCCACAAAAACGAGAAAAAGCGAAGGCUCAAUCUCCUCAAAAGCGGGUCGAAGUCGUCAAGAAUCCACGUCCACCACCAACACCCAAAGGAGUCGUGAAAGGGCAACAUCCACCAAUAACACCAAAAACGCCUAAAACGCCACGAGAAGCCGAAAUGAGGACGCCAAGAAUUGUGAAUACGCCCAAAGGAACUUCGAGCAAAUCAAGAGACAACACGCCAACACGCCUACUUCGGUCAGCAAAAGCAACGACCAAGAUGCUCGAGUUUGGUGGAUCAAUGGAAAAGGACACCAGCCAGGAUCGAGCAGAGCGACAACGCGAAGAGCUUCGCCAUGAGAAAGCCGAACGAAUAAAGAGGGCGCGUGAAGAGCGAGAAGAAGCAGUGAGAGCUCGACGAAUGCAAAUAGAAAAAGAAAGGGUAGCAAGAUUUGAAGCCAAGAUCCGAGAAAAGUCCCCAGUGAAACCCAUGGUUGAUCAAUUCAAGCAGCGACAACGCUUACAGAAGCCUCCUUAUUCACCUCAGGUCGUCGUCAAGAAAGCGCUUCUCCAAGACAGGCAUUUGCCCGUGUUUGUCACUCAAGCAACUUCUGAAAGUCGUUCUACACCCAAAAGAAAGUCGAGACGAGAUGAAGAGAUGAAGACCGAUGCACACGAAGAGCCUCUCGUGCAAAAGCCACCAGCAUUAGAAGAGCCCCUGAUGCAAGACGUGAAGCCACAAACCGAAACUGAAGAGCCAACAACAUGCAGUGAUACUCGGGGUUCGAAUCAUUUCGUUUUCGAUGAUCCAAUGUCUUCCAAAGAACGAACAAACUCGAAGGUGUCGAAUGCUCCACGAAGCCAAGAAAUUGAUGAAGCGGAUACUCGGGAUUCGAAUCAUUUCGUGUUCGAUGAGCCAAUAUCUUCCAAAGAACGAAUAAGCUCGAAGGUGUCGAAUGCUCAACAAAGCCAAAAGCUUGAUGAAGAGGACGCUUUGUCUACAAACGAAAUUUCAAAAGCUCAAGAAGAGACCGUCAAAGAAACCGCUCCCGCGCAAGUCGAAGCCAAAGUCCUCGUUGAGUCUUCAAAGCCAAAUCAGAUUAUCGAGGAGCCAACAGUGGAUAAAGAUGCCGAUUAUGGAAUCGACGAUUUACAUAGCGCGGAUGAUACAGAUGACGAAGAAAACCCGAGAAAAGAAAUUCCAGCUUGGGCAAAGGGAUCAGCAUUAAUUCGUGCUGUGAGAACGCAGGCGUCUUUGAAGUACAACAUCGACGAAUAUUUUGGAGCAAAACAAGAAGUCGACUUACAGAGCAUCUUCGGACCAAAGCGAUUUAAGCCACGUUCUUCAUCAGCCGUUUGGCAUUCUCCGAUUCAUCGCCCUCGUCCAGGCUUCAGCACGCUGGACUCAUCGGUGGUGGCAGAACAAGUCGAUGAAGAA